UAACUCUUCCGAUACUGUUGAUAAUGAAACUAUUACUGUUGCUUCAUCUUCAUCUCAGCUACAACAAAGUAUCAAAUCUUUAACAAAAGAAACUUUGUUAAAAUUGGGUCAGAUUAAAGGUGUAUCUGAAGAAGCAAUUGAUCAAAUUCUAGAAAAAAGAAAAGAGAUAAUCCAAUCAUUUGAAACUUAUUUAGAAAAGGUUAUGGAUAUAUUUAAUGACUUUGAUAAGAACCAUGAGAAUGUUACGGAAUUAGAAGUUGAACAAGUAGUUAUAGUACAUGAUGAAGAUGACAGCAGUGAUAUUGUGGAAACAGAUGAAGAACAUAGUGAAUAUGAAGAAGAAAUCAUGCUAAUUGAUGAUAAAGAAUUUAAUAAUCGUAUAGGUGUUUUAAACCAGUUAAAGAAUCAAGAACUUUAUCUACUUGAAUAUAAUAAUAAUAAUUUAAAAUGGUUAAAUAGAAAUUGUUCAAGUAAUUUUGAUGACUAUGUUAAUUUUAUCUAA